AUGCCUUGCGUAUCCUUGCUCCAAAAAGCAAUAUGUCAACUUUCGUGUAAUAAAAUUGUAGAAGGUGCACUCACAUAUCUUAAAGCUACUGAGGACCUUCUUUUUUUUAGUCAACAUAGGCGCAAAGAUAUUUCUGAAGACGAUUAUAAAUUUCGAACAGAUAAAAUCAAAUAUUUCAAAAGUACAAUCAAGCAAUUGAAUUUUAAAGUCAAAAGCUUACAAGAUGAAAUUAAUAAAUUGAAAAAAGAAAAUAAAGAUUUGUAUAAAGAAAUGAAUAAUCUUAGUCGGAAUUUCGGUUUAAUUCAUUUAGAUGAAAAUAAAGAAGUUUUAUUAGGAAGAAAAAAACAAGAGAUAAUAGAUGCAUUACAUGGCAUUCGAAAAAUAUUAGAUUUGUAUAAAAAUAAAUAUAAAUCAGAUAUGAUUGAAGCUGACCCUUUAAAGAUUGUUGAAAUUAUUGAAGAUGAACAUUUGGAUAUUGAGACAAAAUCUAUAUUGGAAAUCCAAGAAAUGGAUAUGAUUGAAGCUGAUCCUUCGACAAAAUCAACAUUGGAAAUCCAAGAAAUAGAUAUGGUUAAAGCUGAUCCUUCGACAAAAUCAAUAUUUGUAAAAUUGGAAAUACAAGAAAUGUUAGCUGAAAUUGCUAAUAAUUUAUCUCCAA